GUGGGGAGUCCUGGGCAGAAGAAGUACCCAGGCCAGGCGAAUUAUGCAUACGUUAGGCAAACACUGAGAGAAUGGCUGUGGAAGCUAUCCAUUGCAGUCUGAAUCCAAAUGGUAUUGAUCACUCUGUCCAUGCAGAAGGUAUUAACCAGCAAAUUGAAGCUGAAGGCAUUGAAUCUCAAGCCGUUAAGAACAAAACUACCCAGAAAUCACCUGACCUGAAAGAAACACCCAAGCGACAACAGAUUGAGGCAGAAGCAUCUAAGUCUGGCACAGUGAAGCUGUCAAAACCAGUGGCUCUGUGGACCCAGCAGGAUGUCUGCAAAUGGCUGAAGAAACAUUGUCCAAAUCAGUAUCAGAUCUACAGUGAGUCAUUCAAACAGCAUGACAUAACUGGACGGGCACUGCUGAGACUCACGGACAAAAAGCUGGAACGAAUGGGGAUCACCCAGGAGAACCUCCGACAGCACAUCUUGCAGCAGGUGCUUCAGCUGAAGGUUCGAGAAGAAGUCAGGAACCUUCAGUUACUCACACAAGCCUCAACAGAGGGUUCUCCGUAAUCAUGAUUAGCCUCUAAAGCUGCUGUCCUGCCAGUUGAUAUGAAAGUGGCCUCUCCCUCAUGAAAAGCCGAAAGAACGGCAGUGCCACAAGACGACCUUGGAGAAUUGAAAGAUUAACUGAGCUCCAACUACUCAGUCAAGAUGAUGGGUUUGGGAAAAUCCUAGUUUGCCAUGGAUUUAAAAUGUGGCACAUCAUCUCCAGUGCUAAUUUGUUCCAAGUGGUCAUUGACAGACCAUUAGCUGGGAAAUUGCUUCCAGUUUUCAUCACUGUGCAUAACUUGAGUUCCCUUCAGGGGACUCUCUGUGCCCUUCACUAGAAGUCCCAUUUUAGCAUGGCAACUACUGGAUUAUUUUAUUAUGUAUGCAGAUGGCAUGAUGUUUUAGGAACCAUUACAACAGUUCUGCGAUCUCAGUGGAAAUGUUCACAAUAUUACACCCUGAUAGGAAUGUAAACAUGUCUCGUAUCUGUUAGUUAUGCCGUCUAAAGGUAUUCCAUUCAAUUAUUAAGCACUUUAUAGGUGAGCUCUACACAGAAGAAUUAGCACGUUCUGUAUAUGUGAAGAAAAAAAAAACCAAGGUGUUCUUUUUUCUUUUUUUCCCCAAAAUCUUGUUCUAUUUCUAGGCUGAGAUUGUCCCAGACAAACUCCACUAUUUACAUAUCCUUCAUGGUUUGUGGUACCUGGGUGUAGAUAUGGUCUUGGUACUGUUAGAUUUCAUCUUAUAACAUGUUAUUGAACAACUGUCUUGAUUUGAGCCAGGAAGAGAUAAGCAUGGGGGUAGUAGGUGGAUCAUGGUGAUUAUGCCAUUACCUAUGAUUUUCUUAUACUUAGAUGCCCUCAUGUUGCCCACAAAUAUAAACAUACUUAUCUUUGUGCCACUAUAAACUUUCUUCUAAUCAAUAGAAGCAGAGAUCUUGAAAACAGGGAGAGGGAUUCCAUUUUCAUCAACAACCAUGGGUCAGUGAGUAGUAAAGGCAAGAGAAUUUGGUGAUGUCAUGGCUCUUGCUUGCUAUAAAAUGUUCUGGAAAGAAUCAUAGGUACCAUUACAACAGUUCUGUAAUCUCAGUGGGAAAGUUCACAAUAUUAUAUCCUAUUAGGAAUGUGAACAUGGUUUAAUGACAUGUUAUGAGCCUAACAGACUCAUAGCAUCAUAGGUGGAACCUUCUAAGGCAAAAAACACAAAGCAAGUGACCAAACUGUAUCCCACAAGAAGAAUAUGGAUGUCAGUCCCCAGUAGGAUUUCUUUUCCCAUAGACAACUUCUAAUCAUCUCCCAGUUAGUCCUCUUUCUGUUAUUUUACCAUCAAUAUUUUGGGGAAAUUUUUUCAGUUUUAUUAUAACAAAACCCAGUGAUUUCUAUCCUUAGUUCCUCUUGACGUGUCAGAGCCCACGUGGACCAGUCCUACUUAGGUGAUCCAAAUUUGGUUUCCCAAACCUAAUACCACUAUUUGAACUGAGUCGAGUCCAGUAAAGUUUAUCUCCAAGGGUUGAGUCCUCACCAUCCCAGGCCUAGCUUGUGAAGCCUAGAAAGUGACUUCUUUAAAAUCACAUGCGAUAACUUGUAAUUGACUGGGAUCUUCCCCAAGUUGAGCAUCUAGAAAUAUCUUCAGACACAUAGCUUUCAUCCAGUUGACCAUCUUUCCAGGUCUUUGAAUGGGUUUAGCUCAUUGUGCCUCUGUUGAAAACUCCCAGUAAAGGGGACAGAGUUCCUCUUGAAACUCCAGUGAGUCAGAGGGAAGGAUGGAUAAACAUAAGUUUAUCAAGAGAGUGCUAGAGAAAGGAACCUACUGAGAAAUAACACCUAAGAUCCUACAGGUUCUCUUUCUCCUCUACCCUAAUCAUUCCCCAGCUAUUCCCCAAGUAAAUACCAAAAGAAGAAAAUAUCACUGCAGCCCCAAAAGAGAUUUGUUGGAGUGGCUUUGAGAAAAGCUGACUUGAAUUCUUUAUCCUUUACUCUAGGGCAGGGGUGGGGAAUGUUGAGGCUACAUGUGGCCCUCUGGGUCCUCAAGUGCAAUCUUUUGAAUCCAAAUUGCACAGAAUUCUGCCAAAGGGUCCAGUCAAAGGGUGGCAUUUGAGGCCCUAGAGGACCACAUGUCACCUCAAAGCCACAGAUUCUCCACUCCUGCUCUGGGGUAUAAUUCCAGGCUUUUAGCAGUAUCCCUACCCCACUUCCCAAGCUGUCACCAUUGGGUCAUGCAAGUAGGGCUAAUUCACUUCAAUCUGUUUAUUCUCUCCUGCUGCUUCUCCUGUUGAUUCUUUAUACAACCCCAACUCCCCCCAUCCCACCCCUGGGGAGCACAUCAAGUAUUCAUAACAUACCUUGCACAUCCAAUCGAUAGCCACCUGACCUAAGGCAGCAUGGCACAUCAUGUACCACAGAGGUGAGAGGUGGUAGAAUAAAUCCAUCAAUUCCAUCCAUGCCUUAUUCUCAGCUCUUCCCACUCCCAGUUUUCAUCUUGCUUCCAGUUUUGUGUUUCCUGUCCUUAUGAUAAAUACUAUUCAUACCUCUUUCCCAUAAUUCCACUCCAUCCCACCCAUAUGGGUAUAUACAUAUAUAUAUAUAUAUAUAUAUAUAUAUAUAUAUCUCCAUACAUUUGGUAUGAUACAACAAUAUAACACAGGGUUUGGACUCCACAUAGUCUUUGCAAAGAAAGACUGCCGGGUUCUCAAGAUAUUGUGGCAAUCUGGUGCCUAUGGAGCUCCUCCUAGAAUCCCUGAGAAAAUUGUCUACUAGCAACCAUAUUUGGUCUCUUGCUUCUAUCCCAUGGAACAAAUUAAAGGCUACUGGCAUAUUGUCUAGCCUUUUGGCUUUGGGGAAGUAUAGUCUGAACAUUGAGAUCAGUUCAUUUCCCAGAUUAAAGUCUUAUUGUCACUGCUUGGAAUAAACAAAGGAAAAAAAUUUUUUCAAGAAUAUAAAUGCUCAUAAAUCCAUUAAAAACAA